GUGCGGUCCUGCAGCUAGUGUCGGCGCUCCCCGGCAGCACCGCGCAGGGCACAUGGAGGCUCCCCUGGAACCCGCGCCCGGGCGGGUAGGCCCGGAGAACACCUCGGGUCGCCGCGGGCUGCGCCGCCUGCUGUUUUCCGACUUCCGAGAGGAGCUGCGGGCGCUCCUGAUCCUGGCGGGCCCCGCGUUCUUGGCCCAGCUGAUGAUGUUCCUGAUCAGUUUCAUAAGCUCUGUGUUUUGCGGCCAUCUGGGCAAGCUGGAACUGGAUGCUGUCACACUUGCAAUUGCAGUUAUCAAUGUCACCGGCAUUUCAGUGGGACAUGGCUUAUCUUCUGCAUGUGACACCCUCAUCUCCCAGACAUACGGGAGCCAGAACUUGAAGUAUGUGGGGGUCAUCCUACAGAGGGGCAUGCUCAUUCUGCUCCUCUGCUGCUUUCCCUGCUGGGCGCUUUUCCUCAACACUCAGCACAUCUUGCUGCUCUUCAGGCAGGACCCGGAUGUGUCCAGGCUUACACAGAUCUAUGUGAUGAUCUUCAUUCCAGCUCUUCCUGCAACCUUUCUUUAUAUCUUACAAGUUAAAUACUUGCUCAACCAGAAUCUAAGUGUUCCUGCUGCCAGUCUUUCUCUGAGUCCAUCCGACACCACAAUGCUGAUUGUAUCUUCAGACUCAAAUGGAAUUGUUCUGCCCCAGAUCCUGACGGGAGUUGCCGCUAACCUUGUCAAUGCCCUUGCCAACUACCUGUUUCUCCAUCAACUGCAUCUUGGGGUGAUGGGUUCUGCAUUGGCCAAUAUGAUUGCUCAGUUCACCCUGGCUCUCCUCCUCUUUCUCUACAUCCUUGGGAGAAAACUGCAUCAAGCUACAUGGGGAGGGUGGUCCCUCGAGUGCCUACAGGACUGGGCCUCCUUCCUGCGCCUGGCGAUCCCAAGCAUGCUCAUGCUGUGCAUCGAGUGGUGGGCCUACGAGAUUGGGAGCUUCCUGAGUGGUAUCCUUGGCAUGGUGGAGCUGGGAGCUCAGUCCAUCGUGUAUGAGCUAGCCAUCAUCGUGUACAUGAUCCCUGCGGGCUUCAGUGUGGCUGCCAACGUCCGGGUAGGAAAUGCUUUGGGUGCUGGCAACAUUGAGCAAGCAAAGAAGUCCUCUGUGGUUUCUCUGCUGGUCACAGAGCUCUUUGCUAUAACAUUUUGUGUCCUGCUGUUAAGCUGUAAGGACCUCGUGGGAUACAUUUUCACUACUGACAGAGACAUCGUUGCUCUGGUGGCUCAGGUGGUCCCAAUUUAUGCUGUGUCCCACCUCUUUGAAGGACUUGCUUGUACGAGUGGUGGCAUUCUGCGGGGAACUGGAAGUCAGAAGGUGGGAGCCAUUGUUAACGCCAUUGGGUAUUACGUGAUUGGUCUCCCCAUUGGGAUCGCACUGAUGUUUGCGGCCAAGCUUGGAGUGAUUGUAUUUGGCAGGCUCAGAGGUGGUGAGAAGUCAUCCGAUACCCACAGAGAACUUCCAGACCAACAUGCUUCAUUGUGUUGCACAUUUUUCUCAAGUUCAAUAGUGUUUUAAUUAAAAAUACAGAAGAUGGUCAAAGAAUGGAAUUUUCAGAACUCAUUGGUGCAGAAAAUUAUUUAGCUUUCUGGCAUUAUUCAGGCUUUGACUUCACUGAUGAAAAUGUUAAUGGAAACGAAACAGAGGAACCUAUUUUUUUUACUGAUAUUUUAUUUAACACUAUCUAAAAUAUUAUCAUUGGAACAUUCAAUAAGUAUAAAAUACUAAAGAUAACAUAUUCUUUUUUAUAUUGUAUCAUUUUAUAAAAAUUAUUUUAAUUGAAAAAGCAUACAUGUCUGUAUGAAAAUGCUACAAAUAAAACCAUAAUUUUGUACAAUUAAUAUGUACUAAUUAUAAUUUUAAAAAGGAAUCACAAUUGAAUACAUAUGUGGGGCACCAUGUGGUAUUUUCAUGUGCAUACAAUGUGGAAUGAUUAGAUCAAGGUAAUUAACAUACCUGUCAUCUUGCUUAUUUUUCAUGAUGAGACAUCUGAAAUUCACUCAUAUGCAGUAUGGUAUGAUGGACUAUAGUCACCCUGCUGUGCAGUAGAUUUCAAAACUCAUUCUUUUUGUCUAUCUACAACAUUGUGUCCUUUUGUGUUUCUUGGGAUCAAAUCCAGGGCUUCAUGCAUACUAGGCAAACACUUUACCACAGAGCCACACACUUUGGCCCAAGAAACCUUGUACCCUUUGACCAACAAUUCGCCAUACUCUCCCACCCCAUCCCCCCGGGUCACCCCAGCCUCUUGUAACCGUCAUUCUACUCUCUACUUCUUUCAGUUCAACUUUUCUGGAAGAAGAAUUUACUUUAAAAUAUAGAUCCCUCUAUAUCCUAAGGGCUGUACUUGUCCCACUUCAUUUAUUUAGUAAAAACAUACCUACUGUGUGCAAAGUAGAGGGAUUUGAGAAUUUCUGAAGGAAAUGUUGGGGGCUCUGGGACACUGUGAAAGGACUGUAGUCAAUUCUUCCCACUACCAUUUAGAUGGAAGUAUAGCAUGAAUUGGUUUGGAAUGUCAUAUUGCUCCCAGUAGGGUGUGCAGUGUAACUGUACAAAAUGCCCAGAUGAAUCUCAAAAUGCUACAGAUUCUUUUGAGCAACCUAUCACAUUGUAACAGCCUCAGAAAUUCCCUUAGAGGCCUUUCUAAUAUGCAAAUUCCUAAUUCCUGCCCAGGAUAUUCUAAUAAUUAUCCUGUUUGGCUGGGUGCAGUGGUGCACACCUGUAAUCUCAGGGGUGAGGGAGGCUGAGGUAGGAGGAGUUC